AUGAAGAACGACACUCAGACUCUCCCUCUGGAGUUGAUCAUAGAAAUUCUGAUGAGAUUGCCAGUGAGAUCUGUUUUGGGUUUCAAGUGUGUCUGUAAAUCAUGGUUUUCUCUUAUUUCCGAUCCCCAAUUCGGUAUUUCACAUUUUGAUCUGGCUGCCUCACCCACCCACCGACUUCUUCAGAGAUGUAAUCAUUUUUACGCUGAAUCCAUUGACACAGAGGCACCACUUAAGAAAUAUUCUAGUGCAGUGCAUUUCCUUCUCCCCCCUCCAUCACCCCCACACCAUGGUGAAUACGACAAUUACGCUGAUUAUCAGGAUAAACAUGAGAUCUUGGGAUCAUGCAGAGGCCUCGUACUUUUAUACUAUAAGAGAUACUGUGAUCUCAUUCUAUGGAAUCCAUCAAUAGGUGCCCACAAACGAUCACCAAACUUUGCAUAUGAUAUAACCUUUCAAUUUCUAUAUGGCUUUGGGUAUGACCCAUCAACAGAUGAGUACCUGCUAAUGAUGAUUGGAUUGUAUGAGUCUGGAAAUUACAAGUAUGAUAAUGGUAACGAGUCUGAAGAUCAUGAAUGCAAAGGUAACUAUCAGAUUUUCUCUUUCAAAACUGAUUCCUGGUAUAUCGAUGAUGUCUUUGUUCCAUACAAGGAUCUUGGUGAUAAAUUCAGAGCUGGGUCACUCUUCGAUGAGACUCUUCACUGGUUGGUUUUCUCCGAGGAUAAAAAGAUUCCUGUCAUUCUAGCCUUUGAUCUGAUACUAAGGAGUUUCUCAGAGAUUCCUCUAUUUGAUCAUUUUACUAUGGAGAAAUAUGAAAUUUACAGUUUGAGGGUGAUGGGAGGAUGUCUCUGCGUGUGUUGCUUGGUCCAAGGCUAUGAAAAUGCUGAAAUAUGGGUGAUGAAAGAAUAUAAAGUGCAGUCAUCUUGGACUAAAUCCAUUGUUAUCCCUACUAGCGGAUUUUCCCCGCUACGCAUCACCAAAGAUGGUGGAAUUCUUGGAUCAAAUACCUGUGGAAGAUUAGAGAAACUUAAUUACAAAGGAGAGCUGCAUGAGCAUCUCAAUUAUGGUGGAGGUCAAUGGUUGUACUCUGCCAAUCUACAGUCUGCUGUGUAUAGAGAGAGUCUACUCUCACUCCCCAGUGUUGUUCGGGUACCAAGUAAAGAUGAUCAUGGGAAAACAAGUGAAGAUGACCAACAAUAA